UGUUAUACACAUCUGUUUGCAUUUACGUUUCGCAAUGAGUGGACGAGGUAAAACCGGCGGUAAGGCCAGAGCAAAGGCUAAGACUCGCUCCUCUAGAGCAGGACUUCAGUUCCCGGUCGGUCGUGUUCACAGACUUCUCCGCAAAGGAAACUACGCCGAGCGCGUCGGUGCCGGUGCUCCGGUUUAUCUGGCCGCUGUGCUCGAGUACCUGACCGCUGAGAUCCUGGAGUUGGCCGGAAACGCCGCUCGGGACAACAAGAAGACCCGUAUCAUCCCCCGUCACCUGCAGCUGGCGGUGCGUAACGACGAGGAGCUGAACAAACUCCUGGGCGGAGUGACCAUCGCUCAGGGCGGCGUGCUGCCCAACAUCCAGGCCGUGCUGCUGCCCAAGAAGACCGAGAAACCCGCCAAGACCAAAUAAAUUACAGCGGUUUCAUUUUAUACCCCAAAGGCUCUUUUCAGAGCCACCCACUUUCACUAACAAGAGCGAUUUAAGCCGUUGUUUCUAUUACACUAUUAAGUCAUACGUAAGAGGUACACACGAUUUGCGUUGUUUUUGUUAGACAUGAACGGCAUCAAUAGGGCGAACUAUGAGCGUUAUAAACGAUAAUUAA